UCUUCAAACUCAGUAACUCACUCCAAAUCCUACCUUUCUGUGUUUCAUAUUUUCAUACCCAUCACUUCAUCUUAAUCCAAAGUUGAAAGCUUUUCCAGAAUUUUGAGUUUCUUGGGGGCGAUAUGACGGUUCCAUCCAGACUCAGACGCAGACGCAGACGUUUCUCUGGGCUACAACACCAAGUCCAGUUUCACGGCAUAAACUUCAGCGUCACCGUGACAAAGAGAGGCGCUGAGGUUGAUCAAUGGGUCAACGAGGUCGUCUACAACAACAGCCACGUCCUCCACAGCCUCAUCGUCGGUCUUGACAUCGAGUGGCACCCGUGUCUUGCAGGGGAAGACCACAACCCGGCCGCCACGCUCCAGCUUUGCGUCGGGAAAAGCUGUCUCAUUUUUCAACUUUUGCACAAGGACUACACUCCCCAUUCUCUCCUCGCCUUCCUGGCUAAUCCCCGAUUCACCUUCGUCGGCGUUGGGGUCCGAGAUGACGCCGAGAAGCUCCUCCGGGACCAUGGGUUGGUGGUGGAAAACGUUGCGGAUUUGCGGUGGGUGGCCGCGGGGGUUUACAACUCGGAGCGGUUUAUGAGGAUGGGGUUGAAGAGAAUGGCGUGGGAAGUUCUGGAGAAGCCAUUGGAGUUUCCACCUAUUGAAACACCAAUCAAAGCUCCCAAUUCAAGGGAAAUAUGAUCCGCCACUAAAUGAAAGGAAAGGAUACUAUCU